CACGCCUUUGUCUGCCUCUUCGGCCCCUAUUCCCUGCCUGUUCCUCCUUCUCGCCAUGUUUUGCUGAUAUAUGUCCCUGUCCUCUCUCCUCACCACCUUCUCCUCCCCACCACCUCGCCCGCAAUGGAUCCCAGUAACAUCUACAACACCCCCGCCAACCAGACCCUCAUGGUCCUCGUCGCGGACGGCUCCUACACCCCCGUCGCUGUAGCCGAUCUUGAUUCCUGGCGCAGGUACUACAUCACCGCCUGCACCGUCUUCGGCGUCCACAUCGGCGCCUGCUCCGCCGUCGCCAUCGUGCUCGCCAUCCUCACAAAGCCGUCUCGUCGCCAGACCCCCGUCUUCAUCUUCAACGAGAUCUGCCUCUUCCUCGUCUCUCUGCGCGCCGGUCUCUGGAUCUCCUACGCGCUUGGCCCGCUCUCUGAUUUUGCCUACACCUUUGCCGCAUAUGAAGGCGUCGUCUCGCACCGCGACCUCGUGGUCUCCGCCGUGACGGCCGCGAUGCAGGUUCUCAUCACGCUCGGCAUCGAGCUCUCGCUCAUCUUCCAGGUGCGCGUCAUUUUCGACACGAACCGCGUGCUGCAGCAGCGCGUCACGAUGGUCUGCGCCUUGCUCCUCGUCACCACCGUCGCGUUCUGGAUCCUGGCUGUCGUGCGCAACAUCCAGGCGAUCUUCGCCGCCGGCCCGUACUACCAGUCCGAGUGGACGUGGAUCGUUGCCAAGGUCCUCUACGCUUUCUCAAUCACCUUCUACUCUGCGAUAUUCUCCUACAAGCUCUACCGCGCCAUUCGCCAGCGCCGCAUCCUCGGCAUCAAAGAGUUUAGUCCUCUGCAGGUCAUCCUGAUCAUGACCACGCAGAUCAUGAUCAUCCCGCUCGUGCUGACAAUCAUCCAAAUGGCCACCGAUCUCGGCCCGCCCAUGUCCUCUCUCGGCACGCUCUUCGUCGUGCUCUCGCUCCCGCUCUCGACCCUCUGGGCCUCGGCGACAAACGACACGAUCGUCGCCAGCCGGCGAACGCACGGCUCCGGCGUCACCUCGAUGCACGGCUCGAACGGGCACGGCGGCGGACGCCAUGUGGGCGUGAACGAGUCCAGCGGCGGGAACUCGGACUACUCCGGCGCGACGUUCAUGUACGAUCCCACGACGACGACGACGAGCUCGGCGGACGAGUUUGGCGGCGAUCUCGAGAAGGACGAGGAUUGGAAGGGCAGCCGUAGGGGGAACGUGACGGUCACGCGUACAAUAAUCGCAUAGAACUGCCGAUGA